AUGGCUGGCGGUUCAUGUGCGUUGUCUCAAGCCGUGUCGGAAGCCUCCUCUCCUCCACCUCCGGAAUUUAUCGCGCACAGAGAGCGUCUGUGGCAGGAACUGAAGAAGAAAUACGAGGCAUUUGUUAAAUCUCAAGCUCGGUCCCCCAUUCAAAUUACCCUUGCUGAUGGCUCAACUGUUGACGGUAAGGCCUGGGAGACUCGACCGAUAGACAUCGCUCGGAACAUCAGCAAGGACCUUGCGGAGAAGACAGUUAUAUCCAAAGUCAACGGCGUUCUGUGGGAUCUUGAAAGACCGUUUGAAGGAAAUGCAUCCGUCGAAUUCCUCGACUUUGAUCAUAAGGAUGGCCAGUACGUUUUUUGGCAUUCCUCUGCUCACAUUAUGGGCGAGGCCAUGGAGCGCAUAUACGGUGGCCAUUUGUGCUACGGUCCUCCGCUUGAAGAAGGCUUCUACUACGAUAUGUGGACUGAGGGCAGGCAGGUUAAACCCGAGGAAUAUCCGGCAAUUGACAAAUUGUGUGUGAGCAUUAUCAAAGAAAAGCAGCCAUUUGAGCGUUUGGAGGUGGCAAAAGAGGAUCUCCUCAAGAUGUUUGCUUAUAACGAGUUCAAGGUUCGAAUCUUGAAUAAAAAAGUUACAACUCCGACUACAACGGUCUACAAAUGCGGAACUCUGAUCGAUCUCUGUGUAGGCCCCCAUGUCCGAAACACGGGUGAGCAUGAGGCUAACUUCUCUCACUUCCAUUCUUCUGCUUCUCACUCAGGUUGCGUAAAAUCAAUAGCUGUCACUAAGAGCAGUGCCUCCUAUUGGGAAGGAAAUGCUGAAGCGGAAAGUUUGCAGCGAAUCUAUGGCAUCUCUUUCCCCACCGUGCAGGCAAUGACGGAUUGGAAGCACUUCCAGGUAUCUAAAUUUAGCUUUGCUUUUAUUGUGCGUUGGCCGUUUUUGAUUAGUGUGCCAGGGUGGCACAGGACACGGUUUUUCGCUAGUUUGUUCAUCCAAGCUAGGGUAAUCAAUAUACCAUCUCCAACCCCCUGCUACAGCCAGUCACUUGACACAUGA